AUGGGUGGUUUUUUAUCUCAUCUGAAACCUGAAAUCAAUUCUGAAAUUCUCGAAGCAACCUGUGGUCCGAUUCGUGGAUAUGUGUAUAAACAUAAGAAUAAAAUUGUAGAUGGAUACCUUGGAAUACCAUUUGCCAAGGCUCCCAAGAGAUUUGAGAAACCAGUUGAAGCAGAAACUUGGACAGAAGUCAAAUAUUGCACAAAAUAUGGGCCAGGGUGUCCACAAGGUGGAGUAUUUGAACAAAUGAAAGACCAACUUGGGCUCUCUUUUGAUGAAAGUAAUUGUCUCACUCUGAAUGUAUUCGCACCGAGAAAGAAGUCUGAAAAUUAUGUUAGUUCUUCGAAUCCGAACGGUUUCCCAGUAAUGUUAAACAUCUAUGGAGGAGGAUUUGAAAUGGGAACAUCAGCUGCUUACGACGACUACUCAAUAUCUGGAAUCCUUCCGUUGAAGGAUGUUAUCAUUGUGACAGCCAAUUACCGAGUGGGAGUGUUAGGUUUCUUCACAACUGGAGAUGAAAAAUGUCAUGGAAACUUGGCUCUUUGGGAUUUGACUCUCGCUUUAAAAUGGGUUCAGAAACAUAUAAGAUCAUUUGGAGGUGAUCCCAACAACGUUACAGUUUUCGGAUGUAGUGCUGGAGGAGUUUGUGCUGAUUUAUUGACCCUCAGUACUCGUUCUAGAGACCUCUUCCAAAAAUGCAUAGCAAUGUCUGGAAGCGCUGAUUGUGAAAUGGCAUGUCGAUCCAAAGCGAAUCAAGCACUUAUUUUCAAAGAGUUUGCGAUAGAAAAUGGAUGUUCACAAACUGACUCUUCUAAUCUAAUGAAAUGGUAUCAAGAGCAAAGCAUUGAGCUUUUGAAUAAAUUGAGUACCUUCAAGUUCUCCCCAUCAGGAUUUAUGUCAUGUGGACCUAAUGCGGACGGUGAUUUCUUCACAGAAUCGUUGGAUGAAUUGAGAAAAAAUGCACCCAAAAAAAAUUUUAUUUUUGGGAGAACUGAGUUUGAAGGACUUAUCAUGGCUGUUCCUGAUCCAAUUUAUUCUCGAAUCGGCGACUCUAUUGAAGCCUCAUCGAAGAAAUUGUUCAAAUUGGAUGUUGUCCCGAAACCAGAAGACGUUCACGAAAAGUUGGAGAAUUGGUAUUCAGAAGGAAUAGACAAAUCCGAUGUGGCAGCUGUCAGGAAGAGAUUUAUUGAGUUCCUUGGUGAUGCAGUUUUCAAUGUUGGUAUUCUAAAUUCGGCUCAAGCUGCUUCAAAAUCUGGAAAUCAUGUUUUCUUGUAUUCAUUCGAUUAUUGUAACCCGGAUGGCUAUGGUCCUCUAGGUAAUCUUCUUGAUUUUAAAGCAUCCAGCCAUGGAAACGAUUUUCGAUACAUAUUCGGGAGCGGUGGAUAUGAUACGUUUGUACCAACUGAAAACGAUUUUCAAAUGAUGGAAAGUAUGGCAACUUGGUUUUCCAAUUUUUCCAAUUACGGAAUGGGUGGCCACUUGUCACACCUGAAGCGUGAAAGGAAUCAGGAGGUGUUCAAUUCCCCUUGCGGUCCCAUCAGAGGAAAUAUCUAUAGACAUGGAGACAAAAUCGUGAAUGGAUACCUUGGAAUCCCAUACGCAGCACCUCCGAUUGGAGAUUUGAGAUUCAAGAAACCAGAACCAGCUGACAACUGGAAUGAAAUCAAGGAUUGUACUGAAUAUGGUCCAAGAAGUCCGCAAUCUGGUCCAUUCGCCGAAUCGAUACGUUUCGAAAAAGAAGACGUUGCUGAUGAGGCGAACUGUCUCACUCUUAAUGUAUUUGCUCCAACAUGGGAAUCUGAAGAAUUCAAAGAAAAACGUCCUGUGAUGGUGUACAUUCAUGGAGGUGGUUUCGAAUGCUCUGCGUCCAGAGACUACUGUGAUUACUCGCUGUCGGGAACCCUUCCCCUUAAAGAUGUUAUCGUGGUCACAAUGAAUUAUCGAAUUGGGAUUCUGGGAUUCUUCACGACAGGAGAUAACAUUUUUCCCGGAAAUUUCGCUUUAUGGGAUCUGACAUUAGGUUUGAAAUGGAUUCAAAAACAUAUUUCUGCUUUCGGAGGAGAUCCUGAUAAUGUGACGAUUCUUGGACAAAGUGCAGGUGCCGCACUGGUGGAUAUUCUAUCGCUGAGUCCACAUUCGAGAGAUUUGUUCCAACGGGUUAUCGUUAUGUCUGGUGGUGCUCUCUGUGAAUACGCAGUUCGAACAGCUGAAAGUGAAGGAGACGUAUGUAAGCAGUUUGCUCGUCAUCUUGGAUUCACUGGAAAUGAUUCUCAAAGUCUGUUAGAUUGGAUUCAAGCCCAACCAAUUGAGGAAAUUAUAAAAAUGAAGGGGUUUGAAGUUCCAGCAUCUGGAAUUCUAGCUUACACUCCAAACCUUGAUGGUGAUUUCCUACCGAAACCGUUGGAUGAGUUGAGAAAAGAAUCUCCAAAGAAGGACAUUAUGCUCGGAUUCACCGAACAUGAAGGAUUAUUUUUCGAAUUUCUGCUCCGAGAUCCAACUCCACCGCUGGAAGCUUUGAGAAGAAAUAUCAACACAUUUUAUAAGGAGGAUUCUGGAGCGAAUUUCGACGAUGUUCGAAAGAAGAUGUUUGAUUUUUAUACUCGCGGCGUUGAACAAUCAAACGAGAAGAAAUUGAAAGAGCGCAUUGUUGAGGUGAGAUUAUUCGCUGAUGCUCUAUUCACUGCGGGAAUAUUUGAGAACGCUCAAAAUUGUGCGAAUUACGGAAAUGACGUCUGGUUGUACGUUUUCGACUACAGUGAACCUUCAGGAUUCGGUCCCCAAAGAGAGUUUGCGUCUUUUGUCGGAGCGACUCAUGCCACAGAUUUGAGAUAUAUUCUGGGAGAAGGAUUUUACAGUGAAUUCAAACCAACAGAUGAUGAGAUCAAGAUGAUUGAUAAAAUUACUGAAAUCUAUUCGAAUUUUGGAAAAUAUGGAAAUCCAAAUGAAACUGGAUCACAAGAAUGGGAACGAUACAAUCCGGAACACCAACGGAGACAUUAUCGAAUUAGUUAUCCACGUGGCAAUAUGAGAGAUGAGUAUUGUCCGGAAAGAAUGGAAUACCUGAAAGAAGUGAGAAAGAACAACAAGAAUCUGGAAACCGUGGUUUAUGGAAGAUCCUAA